UCCCCAAAAAAAUUUCGGUCCAUUGUGAAAAUUUCAGAUUCCGCCUUCCGUCAAAAAAUUUCCCUCUUCUCUCUCGUGAUACCCCAUUCACCCUAUACCCUCUCUCACUAUACCCAGUCACCGGCACUCUCAUCCAGUCACAGACAGUCACUCUGUCUGCCUCCUCUUCGUUUUCAGAUCUGUGCUCUUCGGUCGUCUCCUUCACUCCUCUCGACGCUUCUUCUUAAGCUAGGAGACUGAGUAGGGGCACCGCAAUAACCUUCAACAACUCAUUUGGUGGUCAGUUGAAGUCCAAAUUUUGCAUUCCCUUUGGAGCUCACGCAGCUGCCUUUGGUGGAGUCUCUUAUCUCUGCCUGUACUGAAUCUUGAUAACUACAGGUUCGAGCUACUGCUGGGCAUACAUUAGGUUGUGUUACCUAUGUUACAGGAGAAGGGCCUAAUCAGCCCUAACCAAGGAUGGCUUUCACUGGAGAUGCUUUACUCAUACGGGGUUGUGGGAGAACUGAUUUUCAGGGUGGCAGUUCACAUCAACUGUACAAGUCAGUUCAUUCACAGAUUUUCACAUUGCCAAAGAAUACGUUGAUCUAUCCUUCUCAUGAUUACAAGGGAUUCAGUGUUAGCACCGUUGGGAAGGAGAUGCUUUAUAAUCCUCGACUCACAAAAGAUGAGGAAGCAUUUCAAAAUAUCAUGGAAAGGCUUUAGAUUAUCCAAGGGAGAAAGAUGGAGCACGUCUCCAGAUGAGACUAUCCUACUGUCCAGCGGCAAACUUUUUUCUCUUUCUUGUCCAGUGGACUGACUGUCACCUUGCUGAGGCACUUGGUUUGCUCAGAAUUCUUAUUUAUAUGACGUAUCCCGAUGGAAAGACCACCAUGUCAGUUUAUGAAAGGAAGGCCAGCAUCAGAGAAUUUUAUGUUGAGUGAUGAAGUAAAGAUGGACUUUACCGAUGGACUUUACCAAUGCACUAACAUUUAUAGGCACAUGCAUAAUACUAAAAGUUGAUCUUCUUAGGAGGCUGUGAGGGGGAAAAGGAUGGGAGGCAAGGGAUAUAUUUUUUUCCUUCAUUGAUAUUUAUGGAUGUAAUUUGUUUUUCUUUUCAUGAACAGGUUUGAUAUUGCCUACUUUGCUGCAGCGUUAGCUUCAUCUAUAUUGUAAUGAGAUUCCAUCAGAAUAGGGCAACUCAUUAUAAAUGGAGGUUGAAAUUAUAAAAAAACCCAACACCCAAAACACUUUAUAAACA